UAGGUGACAAGGCGAGGUUGCAAAUGGUUUUUAGGUUCUUCGUGAAAAAUAGCAGAAUCGAAAUCACGACCAUCGAAAGCUGUGUUUAGGUCUUCAGUACCGGAAGGAUCUUCUACUGUAGGUAGAGGCGAGGUUUCGGAAGAGGCAGAGCCAUUGGGAGAAGACGGCAAACUUAGUGAUACGUCAACCGCAAGUGAAGGAUCGGAUGUAUUCAUGAAUGCAACUCCACUAUCAUAUCCGAUUGACGAAGCGGUCGAUGUGGCCACCUGGAUAAGAAUAGAUGUAAAGGAUGAGUCAUUGUUGAUUGAUAUCGUGGAGAUGAACUCAUCCACAGGUCUUACGGGUGGCGGAAAUUCCCCCCGAAUUCCCACGGCCAUCGUGCUUCUGCGGCGACUGCCGUACCCUUUCUAUGGAAAUUAA